ACACAGCAGCUGGAGGAGCGGUCUCUGCCCGCUGCAGGAUCCGCUCCAUUGUUCGCGCAGAGCGGCCUGUUUCGGCAGGAUUUCCCCCGCAUGCUAAACACGGGAAUCAUGGAGGAGUUUGUGACCGAAGAGGAAGAGCCAUGGUACGACCAGCAGGACCUGGAGCAGGACCUCCACUUGGCGGCGGAGCUGGGGAAGACCCUGCUGGAGCGAAACAAAGAGCUGGAGGAUUCCCUGCAGCAGAUGUACAUCACCAACGAGGAGCAGGUCCAGGAGAUCGAGUACCUCUCCAAGCAGCUGGACGUUCUCCGGGAUAUGAACGAACAACACGCCAAAGUUUACGAGCAGCUGGACGGGACGGCCCGGGAACUCGAACGUACCAACCUGUCUCUGGUGAUCGACAGCAAGAACUCUCAGCAGAAGAUAGAGAGGUUGACAGGGACCAUCGAUGCUCUGCAGACGCAGGUGGAGACGCUCUCCGGACAGGUGGAGCAGCUUCGCUCCAUGGAGCAGCUCCGAGUCCGUAGGGAGAAAAGGGAGCGUCGUAAAACCAUCCACUCCUUCCCCUGCCUCCGGGAGCUCUGCACUGCACCCGGGUAUGAGGAUGAGUUCGUGGUGGGCCGGGCGGAGAGCUUCACGGUGGAUGCAAAGCGUCCUCCGUUCGAAGAGGAGAACCAGCAUCUGCGGGAGGCGGUGUCGGCGCUACGAGCGGCGGCCCGGACCGAGAGGGGCCGCAGGGAGGGGGUGGAGCGGGAGUGCAACGUCCUGCUGGGGGAGUUUUCCCGCCUGCAGACACGCGUGCAGGAUGCUGAGAGCUGCCAGGCGAGGGUCCGGGAGCUGGAGGUGGAGCUCCAGGAGCUGCAGCAGCUGCGUCGUGCUCGGACUUUCCUGCUGAGCAGCGAAGACGACGGCACCACGCUCACGCAAACCGUCCUCAACAGCACCCCAGAGACCGACACCUUCCUGGAGGUGGAGGUCAGCGAGACGGGAGGUGGCGUCCGGGAGGUGACCGAAGGCGGGGGAGGUGUAGGCGGGGAAGCUCUCCCGGAGUCCAGCCCUGUCAGGAAAAGCUGCAGCGACACGGCGCUCAAUGCCAUCGUGGCUCGUGACGCGUCCGGGCGGCGGAGAGGAAGCUACGCCCUCCACGCCAACAGUGUGCGGAAGAGAGGCAUGUCCAUCCUGCGGGAGGUGGACGAGCAGUACCACGCCCUCCUAGAGAAAUACGAGGAGCUGUUGGGGAAGUGUCGGCGCCACGAGGAGAGUCUGUGUCACGCCGGCGUCCAGACUUCACGACCCGUCUCCAGGGACCCGUCCAUGAAAGACUGCGCUAUGGGCCCCACCCCGGCGCCGCCUCCCAGCCCGACCCAGUCGCCCUCCACCCCCGAGGCCAUUGAGAGCAUCAGCAAGCAGGUGGACGCGGUGGACAAACGGCUGGGACAGAACACGCCCGAGUACAAAGCGCUUUUCAAAGAGAUCUUCUCCCGGAUCCAGAAGACCAAGAUGGACAUCAAAGCUACCAAAGUUGCUAAGGCUAGCAAGUCUGGCAAAUCUGGCAAAUCUAGUAAACAGUAGUGGUUUAAAACACAGCUCUAAAGAUAAAGUGCUAUUUCAGUGUUUGUAAAAAGACCCUUAAACUGCUAAACUUGCGUUCACUUAGAGGUCAAACAAAAGUACGCAAUUUCAUCCAGAGCUGAGAAGCCUUCACGAGAAUCUGAUUAGCAUGUAAUGAACAUUACGUUCACCCUGGAGCUGGGCAAUAGUAUCACAAUAUUUUUAACCUCAAUAUUGUAUCGGGUAAUAAAGGGAUGCCUGCUGUAAGACUUCAGGAAAGACGGGAAACGUGAUUGACGAUAUUGAUUGAUUGAUUGAUUGAUUGAUUGAUAUUCGUUAGCACGUUAGUCUGAUUUGCGUGUCAGUCGUUACUCUCGCGUUGUUCCUCAACUGCUCGUCACUUAGGUUUAGUGACUUGUUUUAACGAGAGUCGAAAGUCACUCGUUAGUCUUGUGAUUCCCGAUAAAACUCAGAUAUGUUGCCGAGCUCUAGGUCACCCUCAUGUUCUUUAAUUCAGCGUUCCUACUAAAUAUUUACCGGCUUUGCUACUUUAGGCAGAGACCACUAACACAAUACUCUCUAAUAAGCCUCUCUAGAGCCUCACAAGUGCACUAAAUGUCAAAGCUUAGAAAUGUGCAUCUCGGAUAAAAUGUCAAUCUAAUACUAACAUGAACUUUAUCAUUUAGGUUUAUUAUAAUGGACUCUACUAACAUCUGUGUAACUGCAGUAAGGAAGAUCCUCUCAGGCCACUGUGCGGUUUGUCUCAAGAACUAACUCUAAUAAUGCUCCUCUUAUAUUACCAUACACACAUUUAAAUGAGCCUUUGUCGAUGAUAGCAUCGCUUCUCUUGCACCUUUCUCUCUGUGACCUUACUGCUCUCGAUUGUUGUGCCUCGACCUUUAAUAUAGAGAUUUUGAGGAAUAGAUUUAAUCCGGAUGAAGAGAUUGGUAUCCCUCUCAUGUCUUUACAGCUAAUAUGAAGCUACAGCCAUUUAGCCUAGCUUAGCAUGGAAAAUGGAAACCUGUUAGCCUGACUCGUGUGUGUUUGUAUGCGCAGACUAGGAGUUGGUAAUCUUAAGAAACUAGAGUUUAGUUGGUUUUAGAAGUAUCCAAACAAUAGAUCCAUACAGUUACCCAAUUAAAGUAGCCAGAAGAGGGUACAUUUAGCAGAAAAGCAGCAACACUAAUUCUCAUCGAGCGAAAUGAGAACAAAUUAAAAGAUGGACAAACUAAAGCUGCUUGGUGUAUCUUUAACCAGAUACCAUUUCAGACGCAGAUUGUGUUAGCUUUGGACGGAGCUAGGCUACUUCACCCUUAGCUAAGCUAGCUAACGGACUGCUAGCUGUCUUUGUCGGCAAGAAAGAAAGUAAGCGUAUUUCUUAAAGUGUUAAGCUCCUUGAACAUGCCAUAGGAGAUCAGAUAAGAAAGGGAUGCUAACUGUAAAACAGACAGGACACUUUAUUUACAAUUGUGAUGAAUAUACCCUUUCCUACAACUGUGCAAAAGUCACUGAGUCAUUGAGGUAGAGAACGUGUUUGAAUAUAGCAGUCAUUGAUGUCUUCAGUACAGGCUUCGGACGGACUUACUGAAAACGUAAUUCGCUAGCUUUAGCUCAGGCUAGUUGUUUACCCCUGUCUUUAGCUAAGCAAGCUAACGUACUGAUAGCUAUCUCUGGUAAAAGAUUGAUAUUCCUGUCGGCAAGAAAGCAAACAAGUGUGUUUCUCAAAAUGGCUUUAACAUGCCUGAGGAGAUGGGAUGCAGUAAGUGAGGUUUUAGUGACCUGUUGUAUGAAUGAGGAUCCCAGAAAAAAAGCUGCUGUCUUGCUAAAAGACAAUCUCUGCAGAUAUUUCACUAUUUCAUGGGCAUUAUGGACAAUAACACACUAUACUAAUGCUGGGCAUAUGGAACAUUUUAGUUUCUCUAAUGAGGGAACGGAAAAUAACAAGAAGAGGAGGAGUGGGAUUAUUAAAUGGAAUGACGACAGCAUGAAGAUUAAGACAGGAACUUGGACCCCUUCAAAGAAAUUGGUCCAAUGGUGAAAACGGAUAUUAUAUUCCUUAGUAGUGUUUUUUAUACCAGUGUUGUAUUUCUCUUUAAUUGAAGCUCGACAGACGCACUGUAUAGUAGCACUGUAACUAGUAUGGCUUCAAACCAGGGCUUUGUCUAACACCUAGCAGUCUUACCAAACCUGCAAACAUAUCGCACCUUUUUCCACAAUAUACGAAUAUUAUGCCUUUUUCUGGGUAGCCUCUUAUGUAUGAACCUUUGACGUAAUAAAUGUUAUUACAGAUAAUUUUAUACCUUAUUUGUGAUGGUAAAAGUUACACAUGUUGCACAGCGGACACAUGAGGGACCCUUCACUUGUGUUAGAGGCUAUAAAAGCUAUGGAUGCACCAACAGCAUUGAAGUUAGCUAUGGAUGCUAACUUCAAUGCUGGCCUACAACAAUAUGUCCCCCCUGCAAAUAUUGGUGCAUGCCUACUAAAAAGAGAGAGGAGGAUGGAUGUUUUUGUGCAGCCUGCUACAGAAAUCUGAAUGAUGAAGUGAAGUUGAUUGUUGUACCGAAUUCUUUUGGAUGUUGGUGCACGGAGGGAAUGUAAAGUCAUGUCUUUUACUGGUGGUCGGAAUCAAACCAGAGCCUGUUAAAGUCUCACGAGGUUCCUGUACUCUUCAGUCUUACCUGUUGCACUUCAUUUUUUGCAUAUUUAGGAUAGCUGAUAUGAAAUUGUACCUGCGUAUUUAUUUUUGUCUGAAUGUUUUUUUUACUUUUCAGUGCCUAAAUUUGAAUGUCGCUAACAACCUGUCAAAAUACACUUUAUUUAAUUUGCUUUAUUUUCAUCAUCCAGUUUAAACAUGUGCAUUAUUUUCUAAGAUAUUGGCAUUCAAGUUUACUCUUGUAUUAAGUUCGUCAUUACUGAACUACCCUGUUAAUAAAGCAUAACGUGCAUCCUG